GAGGAAACGCGUUACCCUUCAGUUAAUAAAUAAACGGGGACCCGUCGGGUGUAGGUCCAGAUAUCAGAUGCGGAAUGGUAAUCGGAUCCGGGAUUGUAUAAACCCGGCCUAUAUCCGGCCCGUUGCCAUUCCUAUAAUAUAGAUAAGCCACAAAAACCCCAAAACCCUAUAAAAAUUCCCUUUCCAAACCGACCCUAAUAUAUCUCUGUCUUAAAAAUCCCAAAAAUGUUAUUCUCUUGAGAAGUAAAUAUAGUUCUUAAAAAUCUCAUAUUCAGCUAUCUCCUCAGGCAAGUCAAAAAUGGCUUCUGAUACUUACAACAACAAAGACGCUGUUUUCCGGAAUCUCAAAUCCAAAUCAGAGAAUAAGGUGUGUUUUGAUUGUAAGGCGAGGAACCCUACUUGGGCAUCUGUGACUUACGGGAUAUUUUUGUGUAUUGAUUGUUCUGCUACGCAUCGUAGUCUCGGUGUUCAUGUCAGCUUUGUUAGGUCAACCAAUCUGGAUUCAUGGACACCGGAGCAGUUAAAGAUGAUGAGCUUUGGGGGCAACAAUCGUGCUCAGGUCUUCUUCAAGCAACAUGGGUGGACUGAUGGAGGGAAAAUUGAAGCCAAAUACACCUCAAGAGCUGCUGAGUUAUAUAAACAGAUACUUUCAAAAGAAGUUGCCAAAAGUUCUGCGGAAGAUGUUAUUAACAAUGCAUCAUCAUCUGUUCCUGCCAGAGUUGAUAAUGAACUUUCUGACUUUAAUGCAGUUGAAAUACCAAAUGAGAUCUCUUCUGCAAUACCCGACACCAAUGGCUCUGCUACUGUUUAAGCCCCAUCAAUUCGUAGCACUCUCAGAAAGCCUAUUGGUUCAAAAAAGCCUGGAAAGACUGGGGGUCUUGGUGCGAGAAAGCUUAGCACCAAAACUAGUGAAAGUCUAUAUGAUCAGACGCCUGAGGAACCUGUUGUACAAGGAUCCACCUCAGUAAGUAGCAUGCUGGCAUCGGCUGCGGCACCUCGCAUUUCUCGCUUUGAGUAUGUAGAUGAGGAGACUAGUUCUGGAGGGAUGAAUACACGUAGUCAUGUUGCGCCUCCUAAGUCAUAUAGUUCCUUUGUAGAUUAUGGAAUGGACAGUGGUUUCUCAAAGAAGACUACUUCGUCAAAAGUCCAGAUAAUCGAAACUUCAUUAAUAUUUUGCAUGAAAUGGUUACCUUCCCCCCUUAGUUUGCUUACGAGGCCAUUGCUUGUUCAGGUACAGGAAACAGAUGAAGCAAGGAAAAAGUUCUCUAAUGCUAAAUCUAUUUCCUCGGCACAAUUCUUUGGGGACCAGAACAAAGCUGAUCUUGAUGGUCAAGUCUCCUUGCUAAAGUAUUCAGGAUCUGCAGCCAUUUCAAGCGCCGAUCUCUUUGGUAGUGACUUGGAUUCUAACCUUGAUCUCAAUGCAAGCGACCUCAUCAACCGGCUAUCCUUCCCGUUUCAGCAGGAUAUGUCAUCGCUGAAGAACAUAGCAGAAGAAACAGGGAAGAAGAUGAGCUCAAUAGCCCGCGAUUUCCAUAGAAAACUCUUGGAUAUCGUCUGAGAAAGGUGUUAAUUACAGAAGUACCUUAUUUGUAAAGGGUUAAAAUUAUAUCUUAUAUGUUCUUUUAUCGUA